AUGCUUAAAAACCUCCAAAUAGCCGAUGAGGCGCCCCUUCAACUUUAUUGCUCAGGACUUAUAUUCGCUCCCCGAAAGUCAAUAAUCCGUAGAGAGUUUAAAGCGGAGCUUCCUACUUGGAUAUACCGGUUACCACAUGUUGACGAAACAUGGAGCGCAGAAUUACAGGCACUCGAGGGCCAUUUAAAAUGGGUUUGGUCGGUAGCGUUCUCACCUGACGGCCAGCUUUUAGCGUCUAGCUCCAGUGAUAAGACGGUCCGGCUUUGGGACACAGCAACGGGCACGCUGCAGCAGACACUCGAGGGUCAUUCAGAUGCGGUUCUAUCGGUCGCCUUCUCACCAGACGGCCAGCUACUGGCGUCCGGCUCCAAUGAUAAGAUGAUCCGGCUUUGGGAACUGGCGACAGGUGCGCUACAGCAGACACUUGAAGGCCAUUCUGGUCCGGUGCAGUCAGUAGCUUUCUCAGCCGAUGGCCAGCUAGCGUCCGGCUCCGAUGAUCGGACUGUCCGGCUCUGGAACACGGCGACGGGCACACUGCAGCAGACUCUUGAAGGCCAUUCAGGUGGGGUCAAGUCGGUAGCCUUCUCGCCCAAAGGUCGGCUACUGGCUUCCGGCUCCGGUGAUCGAACAGUCCGGCUCUGGAACACGGCGACGGGCACACCGCAACAAACACUCGAAGACCAUUCAAUUUGGGUUCAGUCGUCAGUGGCCUUCUCACCUGACGGCCGGAUACUAGCGUCUAGCUCCAAUGACAAAACAGUCCGGCUCUGGGAUUUGGCGACGGGCGUGCUGCAGCAUAUUCUCGAAGGCCAUUCAGGUUGGGUUCUAUCUGUGGUCUUCUCGCCCAAUGGCCAGCUACUAGCGUCCAUUUCCGGUGAUCAUGCGCCCGGUUCUGAUGAUAAGUCAAUCCGGCUUUGGGACACAGCGACGGGCAAGCUGCAGCAGACACUCAAAGGUCAUUCAAGUUGGGUUCGGUCCGUGGACUUCUCGCCCGAUGGCCAGCUACUGGCGUCUGGCUCCGGUGAUGGGACUGUGCGACUUUGGGACCUGGCGAAAGGCACACUACGGGAGACUCUCGACAGCCAGUCUUGUUCCGGUUCGGUUGUAGAGAUGGUCUUCUCGCCUGAUGGCCGAAUACUAGCGUCUGGCUACGAUGGCUCUGGUGAAAAGGCUAUCCUGCUUUGGGACACGGCGACGGGCUCGCUGCACCAGAAGCUUGAGGGUCAUUCAGGCACGGUUCUAGCGGUCACCUUCUCACCCGACAACCGGCUAUUGUUUUCUAGCUCCACUGACAAGACAGUACGGCUCUGGGACACUCUGACGGGUACUCUGCAGCAGACUUGGACUGUUGAAGCAAUAGUCACGAACCUCGAAAUUCCUCAGGACGAUCCAUUCCUAAGCACUAAAUUCGGAGCCCUUGAUAUUCAGUCCAGGUGUGAUAGUCCAACGUCUAAUUCACAUCAUGUGAAUCUGGAGAUCUCCAUCGAUCACCGGCAGUGGAUAAAAUUGAACGGCGAAAAAGUUCUCUGGCUUCCUACCGAAUUCCGGCCUGACUGUUAUGCGAUUAAUGGAAGUAUACUGGCCCUAGGACACGCAUCACGUCGGAUCACGUUCAUAGAAUUUCAUACGUAG